CGUAGGGGGCACAAGAGUGUGCUGGUCCUAGUCCUCGGAAAGUGAAACAAGCAAAGAGUGCAAUGUGGUGUGUGUCGAACAACGAGGAGAGAAGAAAUUAGCAUUGCAGGAUCCGACCGAAACCUCAGUAUUUUUUUGUUUUUUUUUUUUUUUUUAUCUUCAACUAAAUUAACCGAAACCAUUCCCCUAAAUUACGAAAUUACCCUCUCCUUUCUUUCUGAAAAGGGCUCGCUGGUCGAGACUCCCCCACCAACCUCUCAACCCAAAACUCUUAACUGCACUGCUCUCACCACCCAUGGCCCCUCUCAUUCACGGCAUUUACUGUUUUGCCACUCCCUCUUCUAUAUCUCCCUCCCUGCAUUCAGCACUGCUUCUACAACAUUUAUCUUUUUUUCUUCUCUUCCCAGGUUUUUCUUUUUUAAAACUUUGUCCUUUCACUUUGUUUUUUCCCCCUCAGACAUUAUUUUAUGUUAUGGAAAUUUGAACUUCAGAUUCUCUCCCUCUCCUCAUUUUUUUUUCUUUCACUGUUGUUUUAUUAUAUGUUUUUUUGUUUUUGUUUUGUUUUGAUAUUGCUGUGGGAAUAUAAACGGCUUCGGCAUGGGUUCCACUGCAGUGUAACGUCUCAAUGGGAGUGCUUGCUGCUGCUGUUUUGUGUUGUUCAAGGUCGUUUUCUGCUGCUGGAAAUCUGUUGUCCUUUUUGGCCAUUAAAGGAUUCAUCUAGUUUGCUUACUUGCCGGUCAAUUGCAUGUGUUGUUGACAUUAAGUUAUGCUUGAUUUUCUCAGUGUUUCUAUCUCUUUUCAUCUGUCUCAUUUUCUUUCUUAUUUCUUUUUCUUUUCUAUCCUUUUUGUUUAUUGUAUUUAUCUCUCUUUUUCAGUUCCCAAUCACCCGAAUGGGUAAACUUUUAUAUUUUUCUACAGAUCAUGAAAAAAUGUCAGGUAGACACACCUAGAUAUUUUAAAAAAGAAAGUGGAAGCUAGAGAGAUAAAGAAAGGAAAAAGGGAGAAAGAGAGAGAAAUGUAGAAUGGAGAAGGUUAAUAAAGUGUUGAAGAUGAUAAGAUGUUGAUGUAUAAUUAUUGUUUAUUUUGACCACAUUAUCUUUGUGUGUUUUCUUGAAGGGGUGUAUUAGGAGGUGGUGAAGGUUGAAUUGUUUUUAGUGGUGUGAGAUAAUGAUGGAAGGGCAGCGGCAUUCGGUUGAUAUUCCAAUUUCUAAAACUCUUGUGGCACUGAGGAGAGUCAGGUCAUUGAGGGAUCCCUCAACUAAUUCUAUGAGCAAGCUCUGUUAUUUGAUCGAUAAUGUGCAUUGGGAAAAUGGUUCUGCUAAUGACAUUUCCCUUAGGUUUUCUGAUGCUGUUAAGCCAUGUGAUUCUGAUGAUAAUGCUGCUAUCAGAUCAAGAAAUUUAGGUUUCAAGGCACAAAGGGAGCAGAAAGAUGCUGAUUCUGCAUUCAACUCAAGGCUGAAGCCUAAUGGGAUUUCUUGCCAGGGUCUCCAACAAGAUGGCGAACCAGUUUACUCUAAGCGUAAUCUGCAAUGCAUUUCUGGAAACAAAUCACCAAGUGAAAGUUGUGGUAGCAACCAUGGGGGUAAAGGAUUGGACUUGACUUCAGUUGUGCUUCCAAGUAAUAAUGAUUUCAAGGAUGGGGAUUCAUGUUAUGUAGCAACUGCUAUAUCAUCUCAAUUAGGGAGAAUAGAUUGCUCUAAGUCAGCAAAAAAGUCUCUGCGCAAGAAUCAAGUAAAACCAUCAGAGUUAGUAGGCAGUGUUGAUGGCAAUGUUAGUCCAUACCCUUCUGGUUAUGAUGCUUUCUCACCCUAUAGUGGUUCAGUAGGCAUAAAUCAAGGUAUGGGUAGUUUAGAUGAUAAUGAUAAUGGGUGUGGAAUAAGCUGUUGUUGGUCAAAAUCACCAAGAUUUAGAGAAUCCAAUCUAUAUGGUGAGAUAGAAGACCGUCCUUUGAUAUCUCACCGUGUUGAUGAGUCAGAUCUUCAUGCACCCAGAAGCAUGAGAAACAAUGGUGGCGGGAUUGGUCUGAAUUUGGAAACUCCUAGAAGUUUGUCCAUGAAAUUUAGGCCUAAAACAUUUAGUGAUUUGGUUGGACAAAAUGUGGUAGUAAGGUCUCUGUUGGGGGCCAUCUCCAGAGGAAGGAUAACAUCCUUUUAUCUGUUCUAUGGUCCACGUGGAACCGGCAAGACAUCUGCCUCUAGGAUAUUUGCUGCUGCACUGAAUUGUCUUUCUUUUGAGGAACAGAGGCCAUGUGGCCUAUGCAGAGAAUGUAUUGUAUUCUUUUCUGGAAGAAGUAAAGAUUUUAAGGAAGUGGAUUCUGUGAGAAUCAAUCGCACCGACCAGGUUAAGUCCCUUGUUAAGAGUGCAAGCACCCCCCCAGUCUCCUCACGUUUCAAGGUUUUCAUUAUUGAUGAGUGCCAGCUAUUGAAUGUGGAAACAUGGGCAAGCAUUUCCAAUAGCCUUGAUAACCUUUCUCAACAUGUGGUUUUCGUGAUGAUAACUCCUGAGUUGGAUAAGCUUCCUCGGAGUGUAGUUUCCCGGGCUCAGAGGUAUCACUUUCCAAAGGUUAAAGACGCUGACAUUGUAUGCAGAUUGCAAAGUAUUUGUGCCGAAGAAGCUCUUGAUUUUGAACAGGAAGCUUUGGACUUUAUUGCUGCAAAAUCUUGUGGGUCUGUUAGGGAUGCAGAAAUGAUGCUUGAUCAGAUGAGUUUGCUGGGUAAAAAGAUCAAUAUCUCUUUAGCUUAUGAGCUUACUGGGAUCGUUUCAGAUGAUGAAUUACUCGAUUUGCUGGAUCUAGCUUUUUCAUCCGACACUUCAAAUACAGUCAUUAGAGCUCGGGAGCUGAUGAGAUCAAGGAUAGAUCCUUUGCAACUUGUAUCACAAUUAGCAAAUCUCAUUAUGGACAUACUUGCAGGGAAAUGUGAAAAUGGUGGUCCAGAAGUCAGAAGUAGAUUUUAUAGGAAAUAUACCUCGGAAGCUGAUCUGCAGAAACUAAACAAUGCAUUGAAAAUACUUUCUGAAACUGAGAAGCAGCUGAGAAUUUCUAAGAAUCAAACAACAUGGUUCACCGUAGCUCUCCUACAGCUAAGUUCUGUAGAUUAUCAAUGUGUGGAUGCAAAUGACACCAAAUUUAGUCUUAGAGGUGCAUGCAAUGGAGUUCAAAACUUGGAGCAUUUUGCUAACAAGUCAUACAGAUUAGGAGUGCCGGAGGAUCACAAAGGAACAUUGGAUUCCAUUUGGUAUAAAGCCACUGAGAUGUGUCAUUCUAGUCAGCUCAAAACUUUUCUCAGGAAGAAGGGGAAGUUGUCGUCACUUCAUGUUGAUCGCAGUACAGCUUGUCUUGCUAUUGCCGAGUUAGAGUUCCAGCAUAGUCACCAUGUAUCCAAGGCCGAGAAGUCAUGGAAAAUGAUUGCAAGCUCUUUGCAAUUCAUAUUGGGUUGCAAUGUGGAGUUGAGGAUCACUUAUACACCUUGUGCUUCAGAUUCUAGGUAUUGCAAACUGAAGAGAUCAACUUUCAGUUUCUUCACUUGUUCCGGCAGAAAUCGGCAACAGAAGUCACUGUCAUCUAAUGAACAAGGAAGUGAAUCAGAUUAUGGUGAUUGCUCCUCAGAAAAUCCCAUUAUAAAGGACAAAACUUCUACCUCUGAUUGUGGAAUGGAUGCUGUAACAGCUUUGAGGAGUUGUGAAGGGAAUUUGCUGAGCUCAGGGGAAAGAUUUUUUAAUAGAUCAUUUCAAGAGGGUACGAAGACAUCAUGUGUUGAAGUUGAUUCUUCCAAGGAAAAGGGUUGCAAUGGUGCUCAUCUAGAUCCAUCAAUCCUUGAUUCAGAUAAUGACCACUUUAACUGUUUUCCUAAAACCCUUUGGCUUCAAAAGAAGUUCCGUUCUUCGUAUUCAUCCAAGUUGUCUUUUCAAGGCAUGCAACAACAGAAAGAUUUUGUUUUGUCUGUCCCGAAGUGUACAUGUUCUGGGACAUAUACCUAUGCUAAUGAACCCUGCAUUUUUUCUGGUAGCUGUAAGAAUUGCACCAAAGCUUCUUAGAAGAAAGUAAGUUAACUUGUUAUGUGUUUACAUUGUUAUAAUUGUUUUUGAGACUGCACUACAGUGAUAAAGUAGCAUAGUUGGAUAGAAUUCUUGUUGUUUGAUUAAAGUGCUUCCUGAUACUAUUGUUUUGCUGCGAGAUUGAUUACUGAAAUUGUUACACACAUUUGUUU